UUUUGUACGGAUACGGGGGGAAAUUAUGGCGACGACCUGAAGCAACGAUUAAACUGUUUUCUGGAGAAAAUGACUGAACCACGCAACCCUGGGAUGUCCGCCAUCCCUCAGAAUAACCCCACCCAGACUGAGACCAGCGCCCAGGCGGUGGAGAUGGAUCCAGUGGAGUACACUCUGAGGAAGCGUCUCCCCCGGAAACUUCCAAAGAGGCGGAACGACGUCUACGUUAACAUGAAAACCGAUUUCCGGGCUCAGUUGGCGCGUUGUCAGAAGCUGCUGGAGGGUGGGGGUCACAGGGAGAUAUGCGUCCAUGGGUUGGGUCUGGCUAUCAACAGAGCGAUUAACAUUGCACUGCAGCUGCAGGCCAGUAGUCAGGGGGCUCUGCAGCUGGCUGCCAACACCUCCACAGUGGAGCUCAUUGACGACCUGGAGCCUGAAGAUCCUGACGAGGCGGGAGAGCCCAUGACGCGUACGCGUAAUAAUUCAGCCAUUCAUAUCAAAGUUUUCUACCCUGUUCCUCAGUGACCUUAAGAUGUUAUCUGUUGUAUUUCUCAUGAAAUUUCUUAUUUUUAAAAAUGUUAUUUCUUUUUUUAAAGAAAAAAAGAACCAAUGUUUUGUGUUACAUUUUUAUGUUGCGACUCAUAAAUGAGCAGAAAACCAAGAAGUGGUGUGUGUUUUCAGGUGAAUCCUCUCUAAUGGACUUGUGAACAUUAUUUUCCAUGUGUUUUCCUGCUCAUCAGACAUCUUAACCUGCUGAUGUAUUGUCCAGUAGUUUGCAUGUCUUCACAAAAUAAUUGUCUCAAAAAAAUGGAAUCUCCUGCAUGUUAUGAAAGUGUGUGCUAUUACCAUAAAUGUCCAGUAGAUGUCAGUAUUUAGCACCAGUGAGUAAAUCUGGAUAUUUUUCAGCAGCUAUUCUUCAAUUAUUGCAGUUGCAUGUUUUCCCAUUGUUUACAUUAUUCAGCUAAGCUUGAACUGAGUUUAUUUGUUGCCUUUACUCUUGAUUGUUUUUGAUGUUUGUUAUAAAAUUUCAGCAAUAAAGACCAUGUAUUUGGUUUUAUAAAAUAA